CAUGGCAAAAUUUGUAAACCUACUUUCGUUUUUACUAUUUUACAUAUAACUUUCGUUUCAUCUGGACUGUGUACUGAGUAAAAUUAUUGAAAUAAUGGCGUACAGUGACGACUUUGCAGAUGGCCUGCAGAAGAUGAGAGUGAGUGAAAAGUUUUGUGAUCUUGUGUUGGUGACAGAAGAUUACACCGAUGACAUGGACGAGUCAAUGAAGGUGCCAGAGAAGGUGAAAUUUCCCUGUCACAAAGUUGUUCUGGCCGCACUGUCGGAAUACUUCGAAACGAUGUUUGAGAGCCGGUUUAAGGAAGAAAAAGAAAGAGAGAUAGAUAUUGAGUUAAGUCCAAAGCAAUGCGGGAAUCUCUUGGAUUUUAUUUACACCGGGCAGGAUACUUGGGAUACCGUGGAUGAUGCCAUAGACAUGCUGCAUAUAUCACAAAUGUACCAAAUACGAUCCCUUAAAAACCAAUGUCUGCAGUACUUGAUGAAAAAUAUUGACAAAAAAUAUUGCAUUCGCAUGUGGGAGGUAGCGAAACUGUUAGGACUGAAAGAUUUAGAAGAAAAAUCGAGUGUAAUUAUUUCCAAAGAAUUUGCCAUGGUGUCUGCCACCAAGGAUUUUCUACUGUUAAAUCAGAUGGAAUCUGUUGUGGAGUUACUGAGCAAAAGAGAUUUGAAUGCUCAAGAGGAAACCAUCGUAAAAGCUGGGCUGAGUUGGAUCGAAAGCGAUUUUGAACACAGAGAAGAUUACAUCAAUUACAUAUGCGAAACACUGCAGACAAAAAGUUCUUUAUUGGAAAUCUUGGUAACUGAAGAGAACUUUCCACAACUGCAUAACAGUACCGUCUUCAAAAAUGCAAUGGAUACAGAUGUGAUAUAUGCCAGAUCUAAAGGAGAUAGAAAUCGGGACGCAGUGAGACUGGAUAUAGAAGAAUGUUUGGUGAUAUUAGGAGGGAGUGAUGGGGGAAGCAAUAGAAAUGUCACCUGCUUUGGUUUUCGACAGAAAAAAUGGUUCACCCUUCCUCCCAUUCCAUAUGAUCCAGGUUGUUAUUUCUCAGUUUGUACCCACGAGUCAAAGAUUUAUGUAUCGGGAGGUUCUGCGGGAAAAGGAUCAGGGUUUUGCGUGUAUGAUGGUGAAAGCAAUACAUGGACUCAGCUACCAAAUCUAAUCUCUCCAAGACAGUACCACUGCAUGGCAUCUUCUUGUGGAAAAAUUGUUAUCCUCGGUGGCACUGAUGCUAAAAACAGCUCGACAUUUAUGAAGGAAAUCGAUGUUUUUGAUACUGCAACCAAUAGCUGGAGUGAAACCAGAACAACCCUCGAUCAAGAAGUGAGAUCAUGUGCUUCUUGUGUCUUAGAAGAUAAGAUCUUUCUCAUUGGAGGAAUUUGUCCAAGUAACAAAAAAGCAGAAAAACUUCAGUACUAUGAUAUGCGCUCUUGCUAUUCUGUAUUAUAUCGAUGGUGUAAUAUUCCAGAACAAAUCCAAGUCCAGGCACGAGCGGUGGUAGUAAACAAUUCUGUAUUAAUCAUCUCUAAGGACGGUACAGUUUUCAACUUAACAAGAAAUCGGGGUGAUUACUCUUUUGAUAGAAAAGGAAACAUCUCACAGUUUCCAAGAAAAGGCUUUGGUGUUUGUGAAAUGGAAGGAAGAAUUCUUAUUGUGGGUGGAGAGAAGGACUUCUGUAAAACCAAAGACAUGAUACAAUACAAACCAAACGAAAACUUUACAUUUAUGAUGGAGGAGAAAAUGCCCUUGUCUAUGAGCAAUUUCUACUACGGUCGUGUGUUUGUGAAGCGAGAAUAUCUUACAAAUGAAUGUGAAAAUCAGUUAAUGGCAACCUAAGAAAACGGGUGUUCUUUUGUAAGACAAUGUUAAGUGAAUAACAGCGUUUAGUAUAGUUUUGCAAUUUUUGAAAUGCAUGUACUAAUUUAAAAAAAAAAAAUUUUUCUAGAUGUU